AUGAUUCCAUAUAUAUCAAUGCUCAUAUAUACUCAAUGAUAAUAAUUAGUAGUUGAUUUGAAUUAAAAUUCCCCGUGCAUCGCACGGGUCAACGGGCUAAAUACUAGUAUAUAAGACCAUUGAAAGUCUGUCCUAGAUUUCAGAAACACUAACAAAAUUGAGGUGAUGAUGUCCAGUAUGAUCAGAGUCCUCCUAGUGGUGGUGGUGGCCACCAUGGUGGUGGUUGCUCCUCCAAAAGCAACAGAAGCAGCAGCUCGUGCUUUCUUUGUGUUUGGAGACUCAUUGGUUGAUAGUGGCAACAACAAUUACUUGGCAACUCCGGCACGUGCUGACGCUGCCCCUUAUGGCAUUGACUUUCCCUCUCAUCUCCCCACUGGACGCUUCUCCAAUGGCUUGAAUUUUCCUGACAUUAUCUGCCAGAAAAUUGGGUCUGAACCCCCACUGCCAUACCUGAGCCCUGAAUUUCAAGGACAAAACCUCUUGCUUGGUGCCAACUUUGCUUCUGCAGGGAUUGGAAUCCUCAAUGACACUGGCAUCCAAUUUGUGGACAUCAUCAGAAUGUUCCAACAAUUUUCAUUUUUUGAGGAGUACCAGCAAAGGUUAAGUGCACUUGUUGGGGCUGACGAAGCUCAGAACAUUGUGAAUGGAGCUCUUUACCUCAUGACACUUGGUGGUAACGACUUUGUUAACAACUAUUUCUUUCUUCCUGUCACUCCAAGGUCUCACGAGUUCACAGUCCCUCAGUUCUCUCAACUCCUUAUCUCUGAGUACCAAAAUAUUCUCAUGAGGUUGUAUGAGUUGGGGGCUCGUCGAGUACUGGUGACAGGAACCGGUCCAUUAGGUUGCAUUCCGUCUCAGCUUGCCGCGAGAAGUAGUGACGGUGAGUGUGUGCCAGAGAUACAGGAAGCUGCAGAUAUUUUCACCUCUAUGUUGAUCCAAAUGACCAGAGAUCUCAACUCUCAAUUAGGCUCUGACAUUUUUAUUGCUGUCAAUACCAACACAGUGCAUGCAGAAUUCGUCACCAAUCCUCAAGCAUAUGGUUUUGAAACCUCAAAGAUUGCAUGUUGUGGUCAAGGUCCAUACAAUGGGCUAGGACCGUGCACCCCCUUGUCGCAUGUUUGCCCUGACCGGGAUGUCUAUGCAUUUUGGGAUGCUUUCCAUCCGAGCCAGCGUGCUUUGGAGUUCAUUGCUGAGGGAGUGUUUAACGGAUCUAGUGACAUUAUCAGCCCCAUGAACCUCAGCACCAUCAUGGCCUUGGACUCCAAGAUAUAGUUUGAUUAACAGAAAGCAACAAGACUAAUAAUUGAUUAUGUGAGGGGGUUUUGGCUGAAAACAAACUAGAGGAUGGUGACUAUAUAGUGAGGGUUAUAUUUUUUUGAAACAGAGUAUUUUUUACUAUGCCUAUAAGAUAAAUGGUGUAGGUUAAGGAUGUGUUUGAAUAAAUAUUUUAGUC